AUGUUGCAGCUAUUGUAUGCCGUUAUAUUUGCAGAAAUGUUAAUGAUUAUGAGUUUUCUCUUCAAGACACCGAUAAGGAAGCUCGUGAUCAUGGCGUUGAACACCGUCAAGCGCGGCCGUGGACCGGUGGUCGUUAAAACCGUCACCGCCACGGUGGUGGUGAUGCUCGGUUCUGCACUCUAUAGUAUUUAUGAGAUUCGUUGUCGCUUUAUAGAAAGUGUUUCUAAUAUUGAUCCUACCGAACAAGUACUAUUGUCCAACCACCUGCUACAAGCUUCUCUUUUGGGGUUUGUUUUGUUCCUCUCUUUGGUUAUAGAUAGAUUGCAUCACUACAUUAGAGAGAUUCGGGUUCUUAGGAAAUCUAUGGAGAGUAUUAAGAAUCAAAAUCGAAGUUUUGAGAGCAGUAAAAGCGUCGGUGCAUUGGAGAACAAGGCGUUGAAGGAAGAGAUUGGUGCGUUGAAGGACAAAAUUGAGAAACUGGAAUCUGAUCAAUGUGAAGGGAAAAGAAAGCAGGGUUAA